AUGAAAAAAGAAAAUUUUAUUGAAACACUGAGGCUAGAAAAAUUACGGAAAUUGCAAAAAAUUAUUUUCCUAAACCCUAAAAGACCAGCUGAUCGCACUUACAAUAUAAACGUUACUCUAAGUGAACAAACGCCAUUGGAACGAAACAUAAAAGACACAAGACCGCAAAAAUGUCCACGUCACUAUGAUAUUUCUAAACUACCCUCUGUUUCGGUGGUCAUACCGUUCUACAAUGACGCGUUGUCCAUGCUAUUGAGAACGGUCCAUAGUGUUCUUAUGAGGACUCCAGCAACAUUACUUAAAGAGGUAAUAAUUGUAGACGAUCACAGUCAAAACGAAGAUCUCCACGAACCACUUGAAAAGUACAUCAAACUUUUGGAUCGUAAAGUUCAUUUGAUAAGAAUGAGCAAAAGAGAAGGUCUAAUCAGGGCUCGUUUGACAGGGGCCAAGAUAGCUACGGCAGAUGUGCUAAUGUUCCAGGAUGCUCACACAGAGAGUAACGUACAAUGGGCGGAACCGUUACUUCACGAAAUUUUGAAAAAUCCAAAAGUCGUUAUACAGCCACACGUCGAUCAAAUAGAACAGUUCACUUUAGAAUACAUUGGAAAUGCUGGACCCGUUCCACGAGGUGGAUUUAGUUGGGAUUUAAGGUACGUGUGGAUGGAAAUGCCACAGCACGAAGCAAGGAGGGUAAUGUUUCAGCAUGAAUUUGUAGCUCACAGAACUCCUACUCUUGUCGGAUGUGCAUUUGCCAUAAGAAAAGAUUUUUUUUUUUCAAUCGGUGGUUUUGAUGAUGACAUGCAAAUUUGGGGAGCAGAAAACAUUGAAUUGGGGUUUAGAGGCUGGAUGUGCGGUGGAGAAGUUUUAAAUCACCCGUGUUCCCGAGUAGCUCAUACAUUCAAGCCGUUUGCCUACUCAUUUGAUGGCCAUCGAGAAAAAAUUGUGCAAAAAAAUCAGAUGAGACUUGCUGAGGUUUGGAUGGAUGACUGGAAAAAAUUUUUUUUAGCUUCAACAAACAGUUGGCCAACCAAACAUGUUUCAUUUACUGUUGAAGAAAAAACAUCUUUAGAGAAAAGAAAAAUAAUGAAAAAGAAUUUAAAAUGUAAGUCGUUUAAAUGGUUUAUGGAAAAUAUAAUUCCUGAAGUACCUACACCUCCUAUGAAUGCCGUUUACUAUGGUGAAGUAUUUAAUUUGAUGUCCGAACUGUGCUUUUACAUUACUUCUAAAAAAUACGUUGGGUUAACGUCAUUUUGUUUUUUCCAUCGUCUAUUGCCAAAAAAUUUAUUUCAUAUAGACACUGAUAAAAGAUUAAUUUAUCGCAAUAGAUGUGUACGUAUUGAUAACACUACGAAACUCUUAAGACUGGGUGAAUGUACAAGUUUAGACUUUUACCCUAAAGAAAAUUGGGAUGUGGCGCGGCACAGCGAAGUUGAAGGUAUGAUGUACGUCGAUGUACAGGAGGGUGCUGAUAAACCAGUCGAAAGAUUGUGCGCCACGCAAGUUACAAACAUUUUCCCUAUUCAUUAUGGCAAACAAAUGCCACAGUUACUUCCAUGCAACACAAACGAUAGAUUUCAAAAGUGGAGAUGGACUUACAAAUUCAAUUUUACUUACGACUGGGAUCACUACACAACAAGCAUUGAAGAAUAA